GACCCAUAAUCAGUGCCCCUACCAUCAUUCUCAGUUAACUUUAGAGAGUUUAAGUCUUCGUCAAUAAUUGCCAUCACUCGUAUUAAUUCUUUGUCAAUAUUAGUCUCUCUUUCUUCUUUCUGUAAUCAAAACUUGGUAGAGGCAGAGACGUGCACCAUUUGUAAAGAGUCUUGGUUCAUCUGUAAUCUUCUUCAUCGAGUUGCAGGAAAAUGGCCGAAAUAGGCACCGCUGUGGCGUCUACAAUAGUAGAGCGUGUGUUGACUGCAAUUAUAGCUCGUGCUCGUUAUUUGUUCCGUUUCAACAAAUAUGUAAUUGAUCUUCGAAAAUCAAAGAAAGUGUUGGAAAAAACAUUGCAGCACAUGAAAGAACGGACUAAAGAAGCCACUACAAAUGCUGAGAAGAUUGUGCAACCAGUUGAAGAGUGGGUGAAUGAUGUGGAGAAGGUUUUGGAAGAGGUGGUGAAGCUGGAAGAAAGUAUAGAAGAAGCAAGAAAAUGCUGUUUGAACGUGACAACGCAGUAUUCUUUAGCAAAGGAGGUGACAUGCAUGACACAGCAAAUGGAUGAACUCAACAGCAACAAUAAAUUUGAGCCAUUUUCACACCCCAUUGAACUCUCAAGCAUGAAUUACUUCUUUCCCAAAGACUUUGUGGCAUUAGAUUCUAGAAAGCAAGCUUAUGAAAAGCUACUGAAAGCAAUCCAAGAUGAAAACAGCAAUGUGAUUGGAUUGGUUGGAAUUGGAGGUUCGGGGAAAACAACAUUAGCAAAAGUUGUGGGCAAGCAAGUGGAGGAGUUAAAGCUUUUUGACAAGGUGGUUAUGACUGUUGUGUCACAAGAUGUCAAUGUUAGAGAUAUUCAAGGUCAAAUAGCUGACAACUUGACCUUCCCAUUGAUGGAAGAGACAGAACGUGGGAGGGCACUAAGGUUGUCUCACAGAUUAAAGACAGAGAAGAUUCUUAUCAUCUUGGAUGAUGUAUGGGAGAAGCUGGACUUGGAAGCUAUUGGGAUUCCUUUGAAUGAGAAUGACAAGAAAUGUUGCAUCCUCUUCACUACGCGCAACCAAGAAGUUUGCACUUCAAUGAAUUGCCAAAGCAUAACUGAACUGUCUGUGUUAACAGAAGAUGAAGGUUGGGAUUUGUUCAAGGACCGUGCACAAAUAGAUGAUGAUUCCCCAGAAGAGUUGAGAGAGGUAGCAAAGAGUGUCUUCAACAAAUGUGAAGGAGAGCUUAUUGCCAUUCUCACAGUGGGAAGCACUUUAAAGGGAAAUAAUUUGAUGAGGUGGGAAUUAGCAUUGUCAAGACUAGAAACUUGCCAAUCAAUUGAUGUUGGAGAGUGCUUGACAUCUACCUAUGAAUGCAAUGAGCUGGAGGAAAUAAUUUGUUUGGAUUCAGAGGAAGCAGGAAAACUUAGAUACCUUUAUGCUCCUUCCCAACCAGUUUUCCCCAAACUAGAGAAGAUCUUAAUCAAAGGAUGCAAGAAAUUGAAAACAAUCUUCUUCCCAAGCAUUGUUUCAAGCUUACCAGAGUUGAAAGAGCUGUCUGUACAUGAUUGUGUCGAAUUGGUGGAGAUUAUUUCUUUGCAUUCUUCAGAGGAAGGUGGACAGCUUAAAAACCUAUCAACUCUAUCCCAACAAAUUUCUUUCCCCAAAUUGAGGGUGAUUGAGAUCACCAGAUGCAACAAAUUGAAAACAAUUUUCUUUGCAACCGUUGUUUCAAGCCUACCGCAAUUGAAAGAGUUGUCUGUAUGCAACUGUAACAAAUUGGAGGAAAUAAUUUCAUCAGAUUCAGAGGAAGCACAGAAACCUAGAAAUCUACCUGCUCCUUCCCAUCAAUUUUUCCCAAAACUGUGGAGGAUUAACAUAGAAAGUUGCAACAAAUUGAAGACGUUAUUCACUGCAGCCACUGUUACAAGCCUACCAGAGUUGGAACAAAUAGUUGUGAAGGAUUGCAACCAAUGGGAGGAAAUGAUUUUUUCAGAUUUAGAGCAAGCAGGACCAUGCAGAAACCGAACUCCUCCUUACCAAGAAGUUUAUUUCCCCAAACUUAGGAGCAUUGAGAUUGAAAGAUGCAACAAAUUCAAAACAAUCUUCACCACCAAAUUUGUUAGAAGCCUACCAGAUUUGAACCAACUGAUUGUAAAGGACUGCAACGAAUGGAUGGAAACAAUUUCUUCAGAUUUAGAACAAGCAACACAACUUGAAAACCUGUUUGCUGAUUCUGAAAAAGUUUGUUUACCCAAACUACAGAGGAUUGAGAUUGAGAGUUGCAAAAAACUGAAAACAAUCUUCCCUGCAACUAUUGUUACAAGCCUACCAGAUUUGCAACAACUAGUUGUAAAGGACUGCAAUGAAUGGGAGGAAAUAAUUUCUACAGAUUCAAAGGAAGCAGGACAAGAUGGAAUCCUUUUUGCUCCUUCCAAACAAGUUUAUUUUCCCAGACUGAGGGAAAUUGAGAUCGAAAAAUGUAACAAAUUGAAAGCAAUCUUCUCCGCAACCAUUGUUACAAUCCUACCAGAGUUGGAACAAUUGGUUGUAAAGGGUUGCAAUCAAUGGGAGGAAAUAAUUUCCUUAGAUACAGAGGAAGUUGGACAACUUUCAAACCUAUCUGCUCAGUUCAAACAAGUUUGUUUCCCCAGACUGAGGAAGAUCGAGAUCGAAAGAUGCAAUAAAUUGAAAGCAAUCUUCUCUGCAACCAUUGUCACAAGACUGCCCAGGUUGGAGCAACUGAUUGUGAAGGACUGCAAUGAAUGGGAGGACAUAAUUUCAUUGGAUUCAAAUAAAGCAAGAAAACAUAUAAACCUGUUUGCUCCUUUCCAACAAGUUUGUUUCCCCAUUCUGUGUGGAAUUGAGAUUGAAAGAUGCAACAAAUUGAAAGCAAUCUUCUCUGCAACCAUUGUUACAAGAUUGCCCCGGUUGGAGCAUUUGAUUGUGAAGGACUGCAAUGAAUGGGAGGAAAUAAUUUCUUUAGAUUCAAAUAAAGAAAGAAAACAUAUAAACCAGUAUGCUCCUUCCCAACAAGUUUGUUUCCCCAUGCUGUGGGGAAUUGAGAUUGAAAAGUGCAAGAAAUUGAAAACAAUCUUCUCCAAGGCUAUUGUUACAAGCCUACCAGAGUUGUUUCGACUAGUUGUAAAGGACUGCAGUGAGUGGGAGGAAAUAAUUUCUUUAGAGUCAGAGGAAGCAAUACAACUUAAAAACCUAUCUCCUCCUUACCAACAAGUUUGUUUCCCCAAGCUACAGAUUAUUUGUAUUGAAGGAUGCAACAAAUUGAAAACAAUCUUCAAUGGGACCAUUGUUACAAGCUUACCAGAGCUGGAUUAUCUAGCUAUAAAGGACUGCAACGAAUGGGACGAAAUAAUUUCUUUACAUUCAGAGGAAACUGUACAACUUAGAAACAUAUCUGCUCCUUCCCCACAAAUUUGUUUCCCCAAACUACAAAGUAUUUGGAUUGCAGGAUGCAACAAAUUGAAAAAAAUCGUCUUUGCAACCGUUGUUUCAAGCCUACCAAACUUGCAAUCCUUGUCUAUAUUCGACUGCGACAUGUUGGAGGAUAUAAUCUCUUCAUAUUCAAACGAAGCAGAACAACAACAUAGAAGUUUAUUAGCUCCUCCCCAACAGUUUUGUUUCCCCAAACUGAGAAAUAUUCUGAUCAUGAGAUGCAACAAAAUGAAAAAAGUUUUCUGCACAACUACAGUUUCAAGCUUGCCAGAGUUGCAACGCCUGUGGGUACUAGACUGCAUUGAAUUGGAGAAUAUAAUUUCUUCAGAUUCUAAGGAAGCAGAUUCACUCAGAAACCUAUCAGCUCCUUCCCAACAAGUUUACUUCCCCAAACUGGAUAAUGUUUACAUCGAAAGAUGCAACAAAUUGGAAAAAAUAUUCUCCUCCACCAUUGUUAUAAGCCUGCCGGAGUUGGUAGAUCUGCAUGUAAAGGAGUGUGAUGAAUUGGAAGACAUACUUUCAUUAGAUUCAGAGGAAGUAGAACAACUUGAAAACUUAUCUGCUCUCUCGCAACAAGUUCGUUUCCCAAAACUUUGCAGCAUUAGGAUUGAAAUAUGCAACAAAUUGAAAUGCAUUUUCUCUUAUUCUAUGGCUGGUCAUUGUCCUUCCCUGGGAUCACUAGGCAUAGAACUGUGCUCUCAGCUUGAGAAUAUUGUGAAAUUUGAACAUAAAGCUACAAGUGAAGAAGGUGGUGGUAUGGUGGUCGAUGAUGAUGGGAAGCAUUUAUUGUUUCCGAAUCUGUUUUUGCUUGAACUCAAAAAGUUGCCAAUUCUCACAGGGAUUUUCCCUUGGUUUGAAUUUCAAAAUGGUCCUUUAUUCCAAUAUGGUCUUUUGAUCAUUGAAGAUUGCCCCGAAUAUAAGUCUAUGGCACAGGAGCAAGAUGCAAGAUUACAAGUAAACCGUACCUGCUGGAGAACAUAAAGAAGGUAGCAGUGAAAUCUCCGUUGAUUGCAACAAAAGCUGUUUCUCUCAGAGAGGCUGUUCUUCUUCUUCUUCUUGUCGUUUCAUUUCUUCUUGUCUUUCCUGUUUAAGUUGCUUAAAUUUGUGUGUUUAUAGUUUUCUUUUUCCUUUUUUAGUCUCAUGUAUUUUUCUGUAUAUCUUGGGCUGGAUUUAGUUGCCCGUGGUGUGUGACCUUUGAGCUAUUGUUAUUAUUAUUGUUCAUGUACAAUUAAUUUGUAGUUGAAAUUUAAAAGAACUGGCAAGUAAAAUUUGGGUCACUUUUCUUCCCC